AUGGCUGGAAAAAUUAUCGAAUAUGACGCUGAAGCAAGAAAACAGCGUUUGUAUGAACCAAAGAAAAGAACGUUCAUUCAUGUUUUGACCAUCAUUGCGUCCGGUUUCGCCUUGAUUUCGGAUGGAUACCAAAACAAUGUGAUGUCCAUGUUGAAUAAAGUAUUCCCAGUUCUUUACGGGAGUGAAAACUAUCCCUCCACGCUUUCUACUCGUGUUUCUAAUGCGUCUCUGGUUGGUACGAUUAUCGGUCAAGUUAUCAUUGGAUUUGCAUGUGACUACAUGGGACGGAAAUGGUCUAUUUUAACUGCAACACUACUUUUGGUUAUUGGUAGCGCUUUGUGUGCUGCUUCUCACGGUAAGAGCAUCGAAGGAAUGUUCUGGAUGUUGACAGUAAUGAGAGGUAUGGUGGGUGUUGGUAUCGGAGCAGAGUAUCCCUCUGCCUCUGUUAGCGCUAAUGAAGCUGCCAACGAAUAUAGUGAAAAACGCCGUGGUGGUUUGAUGGUAUUAGUCACUAAUCUACCAUUAUCUCUAGGUGGCCCCUUUGCAUCAAUUGUUUUUCUGAUUGUCUAUUCUAUUUGUGGUCCACAUCGCCUUGAGGGCUUGUGGAGAGCUUUGUUUGCGCUCGGUUGCUUCUGGCCCCUUUCUAUUUUCUACUUUAGAUGGAAGAUGGCUACUAGUGUACUGUACAAGAAGUCGAGGUUUACAAGUAGGGUUCCCCUAUGGCUGAUAAUCAAGUUCAACUGGGUCAGACUACUAGGAACAUGUGGCGCAUGGUUUAUGUUUGAUUUUGUAACCUUUCCAAAUGGUAUUUUCAGUGCAACCAUCAUAUCCUCUGUUAUUGGAAAUACAUCUGAUUUGAAAAAGAUAUGUGAAUGGAACUUGCUAUUGGGUAUUAUUGCUGUCCCUGGUGUUUUCCUUGGCGCUUAUCUGUGUGACAAAAUCGGUAGAAAAUAUACAUUGAUGUUUGGUUUCAGUGGUUAUUUAAUCUUUGGCCUAGUCAUUGGUUGCGCGUAUGAUCAACUGAAGGGCAUUACAGCACUAUUUAUCGUCUUUUAUGGUUUGAUGAACAGUUUAUCCAACGCAGGGCCUGGUGAUAUGAUGGGUGUUACUUCCAGUGAAUCAUUCCCCACAGCGGUCAGAGGUACUUUAUAUGGGUUGAGCGCUGCUGUAGGAAAAGUUGGCGCUGUGGCUGGUACACAAUCAUUUCAACCAAUCAGAGAUCAUCUGGGACCGCGUUACACUUUUAUCAUCGCUGCCGUGUGUGGUAUUGUAGGUAUCUUAUUUACGUGGUUUUGCAUUCCACACUGCAAGGAAACUGAUUUGAUGGAACUCGACAUAAAGUUUCACAACUACUUAGUGGAAAACGGAUGGCAAGGAACUAUGGGAUUCGAUGAGGACAUUGAUGAGGAAGGAACUGUCGUGGAAGGAAGCGAUUCAGACCUACUCGAAGUCAAUAAUUCAGAUGAAAAGAACAAGGAUGCUACUCUAACUACUGUAGAAGUUCGUCCUUAA